AUAUUCGGCUUUCACAUACACUCGAAUUCUUAGCUUCAGCUAAUUACUCCAUGCCCAUAAUAAUUCAGUCUCCCAUGGAUGCAAUGUAUAUAUAUAUAGGUGCAUAUAUGCAAUCAUGAAGCACACAGAUAAAAGAGAGCUAGCUAGAGUCUGAGAGAGAUAGAGAGUUACAAUUAAGCUUCAAUACUUGAUUGAGAAAUGGCUUAUUACAACUCUCUUCUCUAUUUCUGUAUUAUCUUCUUCAUAUUCAACUUCAAUACGAUUAUUACACAAGGAAUUGGCCAUGUUCCAGCAGUUAUUGUAUUUGGAGACUCGCUUGUUGAUGUGGGUAACAAUAAUCACUUAGAGUUUUCCAUUCUUAAAUCUAACUAUGCUUAUAAUGGUGUCGAUUAUCCAAAUCGGAAAGCAACUGGAAGGUAUAGCAAUGGAAAGAAUGCUGCUGAUUUCUUUGCUGAGAAUUUAGGAUUAGCGACAUCGCCACCGUAUCUCUCCAUUAAAUCAGCUUCGAACAAGGUCAAGGUGUUGCUCGAUCAGGGUGGAAUCAAUUUUGCAUCAGGCGGAGCCGGAAUCUUCAAUGAAACAUUAAACAAACUAUUUAAACAAUCCAUUUCACUCAACGAACAGAUAUCAAAUUUUAAAACAGUGCACGGAGAGCUGAUGCAACAACUAGGAACCGUUGAAGCGCAAACGUACUUGGCAAAAUCUGUGUUUCUUAUUGCAAUUGGUAGCAACGACAUUCUUGACAAAUUCCAACUUGUUGAUUCGAUCCUGGGAAAAGAACCAGCUGGUGAUCAUCAGUUCAUAAACUCUUUGAUGGUUAUACUGAAAAGCAAAUUGAAGAUGAUUUACAAUCUUGGUGCACGCAAAUUUGCCGUGGUUGGACUCGGUUUGAUAGGGUGUUGUCCAAAACUAAGGAGCGAUAAUCCUAAAGGGGAGUGCAAUGAGCGAGCAAAUUACUGGUCUGUUCAGUACAACAAAGCUGUUAAAUCACUCUUGCAAGAACUCAAAGAAGAGCUUCCGGACAUUCACUAUUCCUUGAUAAACACUUACGAUAUCAUGGUUGAUUUCUUACAACAACCAGCUCAUUAUGGGUUCAAUGAGGUAAAAUCAGCUUGUUGUGGAGGGGGGAAAUUUAGAGCACAAGUUCCAUGCCUAGCACCAAUAGCAGUGUGCUGUAAGAAUAGGAGAGACCAUCUAUUCUGGGAUCUAUACCAUCCAACUGAAGCGGCUGCUAAAAUAAUUAUGAAUGAAUUCUUUAUGGGCACAGAAAAGUAUGUGUACCCUGUUAAUGUAAUGCAAUUACUUGAAUAAAUGGGAUUGACUACUGAUAAAAUGUAAUUCAAUAUACUCAAUGUGAUCAUUUUACAUGUCGAUGAAAAGAAAGAAUAAAGUUUAUAUGGAGACGGAAAGAAUUUA